ACCACCGCCAUGUUGGGUUAUCUCGUCUUGGGACUCGUGGCGGCCGCCCUACUCGUGCUCGUCGUGCUCUACCUCACAAGGACCUCCACCUCCAGUGCCUUCUUCAGGAGGGACGUGGAGACGGGCCUCGUGUCAUGGGGCCGCAGCAGAGGCUUGGAGGGCCAGGCAGCCGUCAUGAUCUCGCACUCGCUCCCAGACCUCUCUCGCUCCGUCUCGCAGGAACAGCUCCUCCCCGUCGACAACAAGAAGGUGGCUCGCCAAACGACCCUGCCCACCGUGCCCCAGCGCCACGCGAGCUUCCAGCGGCAGCUCUCCCAGCGCCUCCACCUCGACAGCAUCCAGUUCUCGGUCUGCAACCUUGAGAAGAAGGAUGACCUCGGCUUGCUGAAGCCUGAACUGUACAGGAACGAGCUCAUCCGCCAGGCGUCCGUCGAGAGUUCCGGCGCAGGAUCGGAUACGGAGGCGGUCGGGCGUCUCCGGUUCACGCUGAAGUACGACCCGGCUAUCGAGGGUCUCAUCGUCAAGGUGGUCCAGGCCCUCGACCUCCCGGUGAAAGACGUGUCCGGCUCCUCUGACCCGUACAUCAAGGUCUACCUCCUUCCCGAUCGCAAAAAGAAGUUCUGCACGAAGGUUCAUCGCCGCAACUUGAACCCCGAAUUCAAUGAGGUGUUCGUCUUCAGCGUGACGUGGGCGGAGUUACGUGACCGGACGCUCCAGUUCAGCGUGUACGACUUCGACCGCUUCAGUCGUAACGACCUCAUUGGGCAGGUCGUCUUGAAGAGCGUGACGGAGCACUGCGAUCCUGAACAAGAGAUGGAGUACUUGAUGGAUAUCCUCAACACCAAACAUGACUCUCGAGAUCUCGGCGAACUGAUGCUGAGUCUGUGUUAUCUCCCGACGGCCGGACGCCUCACCGUGACGGUUAUCAAGAUGAGGAACUUGCGUGCCAUGGACAUCACCGGCUCUUCAGACCCGUACGUGAAAGUGUGCCUCCUGUGCCAAGGUCGACGCAUCAAGAAAAAGAAGACAACAGUGAAGAAGUCGACCCUCAACCCCGUGUAUAAUGAAGCCCUGGUGUUCGACAUUCCCAACGACAAUAUCGAGGACGUCACCCUGCUCGUCAAGGUCGUCGACUAUGAUAGAAUCGGCGCCAACGAACUCCUGGGCGUGUCGGUGAUCGGGUCGCAGGUCCUCGGGCCGGGGCGUGACCACUGGCUCGAGAUGCUGGAGUGCCCCCGCCGCCCCGUCACCCAGUGGUACCCCCUGAUGGAGAGCGUGCCCCUCAACCUCGUGACGUCACCGACCCGCUCUCUGCCGCCGCCUCUCACCUGCUUCAAUUCCACGUGAGAGCAUACACCGGUGACUGGAGAAAGUUUUGGAAUGUCCACUGGUUCCCCCAUUGGCAUGAAUUGAGUAUUGGUGAUAUUCCCGCUGACUGAGGCAAGUCUGUUUUUGAAGAAGGGAUAAUGCUUCUUACACCAACCGCACUGCAGGGUUUAGCAGAACGACGAAAAUAUAUCGAGUGUUGCAGUAACGUAUUCGUAGUGCAGUCUGAAACGGUUACUGCACUGAUGUGUGUAAUACAGGAUAUCGUGUAUUCAAAUUACCAUUCCAAUCUUUUAUUAGCUUUUAGUUUCAUUUUAGUUUGAUUAAAAGAUUGAGUAAUCAAGUCAUUCAAAACACAAAAAUUAGCAUCGAUGUAUAUAGUAUUUUAUAAACAAUUAAUACUCAGGUAUGACACCAUGAAUAUUUCAUUUGUUUCCUCGUGGUUUCUAAGUUUUAAAAUUUCUUCACAGUCCAGGUUCAUCAUAUUAAUGAAAACUUUAAUGAAAUAAUUAAUAAAUAAACGAGGAAGAUAAGUUUUUCUUUUAUGGGAAUGAAUAAAUUUAUGGACGCUGAAAAUUGCUUGCACAAAAUGAUGCGGUUAUAUGUCUUCAUGGUAAUAUUUAUUAUGAUAUAUAACCAGACUCCUCAUUGCUAAGCAUUCUGUUAAAACUUGCGUAAUAUUUCUUCACUUUGUUGCUCUGGUAACAAGUGGGUCCACUGUAUCUUUGAAUUUCUUUUGUUGAUAAG